GAGAUAGGGUUGCAGUGUACACAGUUUGUCUGUUUGUCUUUGACUGAGAACCCAACAAAAGCAUCCGGUGGAAGAAGAUGAAGCUGUGCGUUCUGCUUGUGCUCGGGACCCUGGUGGCGCUCACCGACGGAAUGCCACCGAUCAGCAGGGAUCUGAACACGCACUGUCGGUGCGUGCAGGUCGAGUCGAGGAUCAUCCCUCCUGAAAACCUGAAGAGCAUCAAACUGCUCCCCGAGGGGCCCAACUGUGCCCAAACAGAAGUCAUAGCCGGUCUGGUGAGCGGGGAGAGGGUCUGUCUCAACCCCGGGUCAGCCUGGGUCAAGAAGCUGGUCCAGUUUGUUCUUGAGAGACAGACACAGAAGCAGGCGACCCCUCCCAAGAAGAAGGCAUGAGGACUCGGCUCCCAUCCUUAAAUCCCAGCAAUUACAGCUGAUAUCUGCAACCAUGAGCCUCAUUAUAAUUCAUUUAUUGCUGUAUAACUUCACUUUUGUCAUCAAAUCAGUUUCUUAACUUUUUCAUUGUUACCAUUUUAUUUUCAGUCGCUUCUGUAUUUCACAUUUUUACGACUUUUUGGAUACAAACAUUGUAUGUAGCAAAUAUGUAGCAUUGAUUUUUCCUGAGGCUGUUUAAACAAGCUCAUUAAAACUCUCAUGCAGCCGCAAUAAAUCAGACCGCAUUUUAGGUGAGGAAAGCUCACUGAGAAAUGUGCUGUGAAGAUUUUGUUUUAAAUGUAAGAUUUGAAUAAAGUGUCAUUUGUUGCUUCACGUAAUAAGUUGUGUGCCUGUCUUUGGUUGUAAAACAUGACACUGUUUAACUCAUUGUCCAGUUGCAGCUCAUUAAACUUUAGUACAUUG